AAAAUCGCUAGAUCUUAGAGAAGAUGGAUUUGAUCGAGACUAUUGACGGGUUUUUCACUAAGAUAGGAUUAGACGCUUUUACAUGUAUGGAUAACCCUUCAUUUCAAGAGCCUACAAUUGAUUUCUUAACCAGCAUGGAGUAUAUGUUUAAGAAUCCAAAGGUGUCAAUUGUCAAAGAGGGAAUAAUGAACUUCAAGGUCAAGGCGACAGCGUUCUACAUAUUAAUUCCCGAGAUUUGUGAAGCCUACGGGUUUAAGAACAAGAGCGCAAUGAGCUUCCCAAAGUUUAAAGGAAUCCACUUCCUUUGGGAUGUGUUAGCAAAAGGGGACUUCAAUAGUCACAAGGCAAAGAUCACGAAAGUCCGUCACCCAGUGAUUUGCUACGCCUUGAAGCUUCUCGCUCAUGCUUUUUUUGGGAGAGGUGAAACGAGAGAUGAUGAUCUUGGAGAUGAUGUGAACUAUGGAUGCAUCUUGGCUUCUUCUCUAGAGGAAUACAAGAACCAGGUAAUCAAGGGCAAGACGAAGUCCAUCUACAUAGGUGGUACUCUCACAACACUUUUUGUUAAAGCGGGAGUAGAUCUUUCUCCAUUCAAAGCUCUCCCAAAGCGUGAAUACAUUGACUCUGAAAACUUGGUGCAGGCUUGCUCCUUGAAAUGCAACAAUGAUGCAAACCAAUUCAUCUACUUGUACAUGGAUCGAGAGGAUAACAAGUUGGAAUACAUACUUCCUUCAAGAGAGAUCACAACUCUAGAGAAUCAUGAAGAGAUUGAGUUUUUGCUAAGUGAGGAGGAAUAUCAAGUACCAAAUGAGGAAAAACCUAUAGAGAUUGAAGAAGACUCGCCACCGCCUCCACCCCAACGAGAUGACCCUUACCGCCUCAAAAAGUAUGAUCUCCCUGAGCUCAAAUUUGUGCCAAAUACCAAGACGGAGAAGUUGCUUCAAUCCGUCAUCAAGUUUCAAAGGAAGAUCAACAAGUGGCAAUCUUAUGUAAUUGGGAACCUACUUAAGAAAGUGAAGAAGCUCCACCCACCGGAUUAUGUCUCAUCCGAGUUCUUGGCCCCUCCGAAUUAUUAGGAGAAUGAAGAAGAAGGCGGGGAAGAGAGAUUAAGAGGAGCGAGGAACCUCUCCGUUUGAAAAUGAUGAGACACUCGUCUCAUUUAUCGAAAGAGCUUGACAUUCCCCCUGCGGACCUUCUACAAGAGCUCACAUUGAUCCUACACGACACUCCAUUCAACAGCUUCCCCACCGGGAAGAAAAAGCUCCAAUGCGC